GUCGCACUGCAGCUGCUGUCACUCCACACAUUUGUUUUAAUUCCUUUCACACGGAAAAUACAACAAAGCAAUAAAAAUAAAGUUUGCCACUAAACUUUGCGUCAGUUCAUCCAGUAAAUUAGAGUAUUUAAAAUUAUAUCCAGAUUCAGCUGAUUGCAACCGUCCGUGUCUAGUCGGAUCAAAGUCCAGAGUUGAAAUACUUGCAAAUCACUUGGCAAGAUGAACAAGGUUGCGUUUGGCGCUAUUUUCUCCACGCUCAAAACGAUGGCCCGACCGGGAGCAGCGCCCAUCGCUCGCAAUCUUUGUGCGGCGGCCAAAAGCUCGUCCGAUGCGUCCGAAAAGUACAACUUUAAGACACUGAAACUGACGACACCGAGCCCGUUUGUGGUGCACGUAGAGUUUAACCGGCCCGAUCGCAUGAACGCUUUUAAUCGGCAGCUGUGGACGGAAAUCAAGGAUUGCUUCGAACAGCUGCACAACGAUCCGGAUUGCCGAGUGGUUGUACUGUCGGGUGGCGCCUCCAAACACUUCACGGCCGGCAUCGAUCUGUUCGACAUGAUGAAACUGGGCCAGGAGUUGGGCGCUAUCGAGGAGGUCGGAAGACGUGGCCGGCUGCUCGAGGGAACCAUUAAACUCUACCAGGACUGUAUUACUUCGCUGGAACUGUGCUACAAGCCGGUCAUCGUUGCGGUACAUUCGGCAUGCAUCGGUGCGGGCCUUAACCUAAUCACGGCGGCCGACGUAAGGUACUGUACACGUGACGCAUUUUUCUCGCUCAAAGAGGUUGACAUCGGACUGGCGGCCGAUGUGGGCGCGCUGCAGCGUUUCCCGCGUGUCGUCGGCAAUCAGAGCUGGGUGCGUGAGCUUAGCUUUACCGCGCGCAGGUUUGCCAGUGACGAAGCGUUUAGCCAUGGGCUCGUCUCGCGACUGUUCGACAAUCGGGAGGAGCUGCUGAAGGGAGCGAUGAAGCUGGCGGAAGAGAUCGCCAGCAAGAGUCCGAUUGCCGUGCAGGGAACGAAGAAAAAUCUGGUCUAUUCAGCGGAUCACACGGUGCAGGAGGGAUUGGAUCAUAUCCGGGGAAUUAAUAUGCUUAACCUGCAGAGCGAAGACUUCCUGAACGCAAUUAUGGCUUCGCAGAGCAAGGAAACGCCGGUGUUUGCUAAACUGUAACGCGACGGAACAGGGGCGAAUGGUCAGCAAUAAAGUGAAGACGCCGGGUGUGGCUGGUUGGUUUUUGUACGCUA